AUGUCUACCACCAACGGCGACGCCCAGGGCUUCUUCCAGGGAGAAAUCCAGGACUACACCAAGGCUUUGGAAAUCCUUGAGAAGCAAUAUCCUACCAGAGAUGGCUUGGAUGUUGAUACCCUCCUUGACUCUGACAAGCACGGUGCCUUGACUUAUAAUGAUUUCCUCAUCUUGCCCGGUUAUAUUGGAUUCCCCGCUUCCGACGUCACCCUUGAUACCCCGGUCACUAAGCGCAUUUCUUUGAAAGCGCCUCUUUUGUCCUCUCCCAUGGACACUGUCACUGAACAUAACAUGGCCAUCCACAUGGCUCUUCUCGGAGGUCUCGGUGUUAUUCAUCACAACUGCUCUGCCGAAGACCAGGCCGAGAUGGUCCGUAAGGUCAAGCGAUACGAGAAUGGAUUCAUUCUCGACCCUGUCGUUAUCUCCCCCAAGACUACCGUUGCGGAAGCCAAGGAGUUAAAAUCUACCUGGGGCUUCGGUGGUUUCCCUGUGACUGAGAACGGUACUCUCCGUUCCAAGCUCGUCGGUAUUGUCACCAGCCGUGACAUCCAGUUCCACACUUCUGACGAAGAUCCCGUCACUGAAGUCAUGUCUACUGAUCUUGUUACCGCUCCUGCUGGUACAACCUUGGCCGAAGCCAACGAGGUGUUGCGUAACUCAAAGAAGGGCAAACUUCCUAUCGUUGACAAGGAUGGUAACCUUGUUUCUUUGCUCUCCCGCUCCGAUUUGAGAAAGAACCUCCACUACCCUCUUGCAUCCAAGCUUCCCCACUCCAAGCAGCUCAUUGCUGCUGCUGCUAUUGGUACACGCGAAAGCGACAAGGAACGAUUGCAGAUGCUUGUUGAUGCUGGUCUGGAUAUUGUCAUUCUUGAUAGCAGCCAGGGAAACAGCAUGUACCAGCUCGAUAUGAUCAAGUACAUUAAGAAGACCUACCCUCAGAUUGAUGUUAUUGCCGGCAACGUGGUCACGCGAGAGCAGGCCGCGAACUUGAUUGCCGCCGGUGCCGAUGGCCUGAGAAUUGGCAUGGGUAGCGGUAGUGCAUGCAUCACCCAAGAAGUCAUGGCCGUUGGCCGUCCCCAAGCCUUGUCUGUCCGCAGCGUUGCCUCAUUUGCUGCACGCUUCGGUGUUCCUUGCAUUGCCGACGGUGGUAUCCAGAACGUUGGUCACAUUGUCAAGGGUCUUGCUAUGGGCGCUUCCACUAUUAUGAUGGGCGGUUUGCUUGCCGGUACCACCGAAUCCCCCGGUGACUACUUUGUCAGCAGCGAGGGUCAGCUUGUCAAGGCCUACCGUGGAAUGGGUAGCAUUGACGCUAUGGAGGAUAAGAAGGCUGGCAAGGGUGGAAAGGACAGCAAGGCCAGCAACGCUGGUACUGCCAGAUACUUUUCGGAGAAAGACCGAGUCCUUGUCGCCCAGGGUGUGUCUGGAUCCGUCCUUGAUCGCGGUUCUGUCACCAAGUUUGUCCCAUACCUUAUUGCCGGUAUCCAGCACUCUUUGCAGGACAUUGGUGUGCGCAGCGUCAAGGACUUGCACGAAUCAGUUAACAACAAGACUGUUCGCUUCGAACUGCGCAGUGGAAGUGCUCAGGCUGAGGGCAAUGUCCACGGCCUUCACAGCUUUGACAAGAAGCUCUACUCUUAA